AUGGACAUGUUUAACUUGCAAAAUGAUGAUGUUUCGAAGCUGCAAUUUGGAAGUCUGGAGAUUGCUUACACAUUUUACUGUUGGUUUGCAAAGAUGAACAAUUUUGCAGCCCGUAAAGUUUUUACCUUUGAGCACAAUCAUAAGAUGUUAAAGGAGAAGCGUUGCAGGCUGUUGGCAUGUAAUAGGAAGCUUAGAUUUUUGAAGAAGGGCGUACAUAGUCAAAUUGCAAGACAAAGGAAAGAGAUGUCUUAUGAUGCUAAAGGUGUUGUUAGGUAUCUUAUUGAUCUUCACAUUAAAGAUCAAUUGAUGUUUGUUGCACACACGGUGGGUGCGGAUGGAACAUUGCAAAACCUAUUUUGGAGUGAUGGUGAAAGUUAA